AUAAAACAAACCCUAAAAAUCUCAAUCCAAUUCGAUCAAUUCUCUGCAAUUCGAUCCAGAUCCUCCUCUCUCAAAUUGAAAACCCUAUUUGACUUCCGCAAUUGAAUCUUCACCAUCUCUGCUCUUCAAUUUUGAUCCAAUAACCUCAGUCCAGUGAAGUGCCAUGGCCAAUGUGACUGCAACAUGGUCUCCGAGCUCGCUCCAGCUCCGUUGGGCUCUCAAUUGCCGCCAACCGUCACCGGUUACGGUGAAUAUGCGCCGCGUUCGAGUGCUCUGUGCUGCUCCGGACAGAAACAACGGUCUGCAGCGGGGUCGCAAUGGGAGUUCUUGGGUGGAGUCGAAGUCGUCGGCCGGCGAUGGCUUCUCCGGGUGGUCUGGUUCCGUUAAUGAAGACGACUCGCAGAAGAAGAAAUGGUCUGGAGGGCUUAUCGGAGCUGGAGUUGCCGGAGUCAUUCUUGUUGCAGGGGUUGCGAUCGCGACAUUGUCUUCAGGAAACAAAGUCAGUACAAGACCAAAGCCGCAGAUGGAGCCAUUGACGACAGAGCAGGAGGUGAUAUUGGUGAAUGAUGAUGGAAAUGCGGAAGAUGUGGAGGAGCAGAGUGGCAUGAAGCAAGAUGGUGGGAGUCCGGAAGAAAAGGCAGGUACUAAAAAGGACAAUUCUUCAUCUCGAGAAAUUGAUGAGUCUCCGAGUUUAUAUAGAGUUGGUAAUGAUAAUGAUGUAGGGGAGUUGUCAGUACAAGAGUAUGCAUCCAGUAAUGUUGGUUCUGAAGCCAUCAACGGCGCUUUCAUGCAAGAGGAUUUGCAACAUGAAUCAACUUCUAUUGAAAAGUCAGUCAAGCUUGAUAUGUUAACAAGGCAGGUUGAUCUGCCUGAAGCUGAUCAUGGCAAUGACUCUUUAGUUGCCUCUGGGCCUGAGGAUUCUAAUAGUAACCUCACUGUAGGUACAGGAGAUUUGACUUCUGAACUUAAAGAGAAUCCCGUUAGCGUCGAACCAAUCAAGUUGCCAGUCUCUGAUGCUAUCAAUUCAAACCGUAGCAUUGAAUCCCUGGAUGAAAUUCCUGGGUCAAGUAAAAAUCAAACUUCCUCAUCCGAGUCGUCUACAGCUAAUGCACAUGAACACAAUGAACCUAUAGCUCUGGAUGUUUCAGUUUCUUCAGAAUCUAGCAUUCUUUCAGAACCUUUAAAUCUGUCUAAAGAUAACCUAGGUGUUGUGGCCUCGUCUUCAACCAAGGAAAACCUUGAGCCAAGGGAAACAGUACUGGUCUUGGCUGAGGAAAUUAGUUCCUCCCUGGAAGUGCAUACCAUAGUUGAAAGUGGGUCAUCUGCAAUAUCUGUGUCAGAACAAGGCUAUCCAAAUGAAAAUGAACAAUACACAAAUUAUUCUAAUGAUACGAAUACAAGAAAAUCACAAUUACCAAGUCCUCGGAAUUCCUUCUCUUCUGCUGGUAUACCUGCUCCAACUAUGGUUUCUGCAGCUGUACAGGUGCUUCCUGGAAAGGUUUUGGUACCUGCAGUUGUUGAUCAGGUUCAGGGGCAGGCAGUAGCUGCUUUGCAAGUGUUGAAGGUUGUAGAGGGUGAUGUUCAGCCUGGUGAUUUGUGUACACGUCGUGAGUAUGCUCGAUGGUUGGUAUCUGCAAGUAGUGCACUUUCGAGGAACUCAGUAUCUAAAGUAUAUCCUGCAAUGUAUAUUGAAAAUAUUUCUGAGUUGGCAUUUGAUGAUAUUACACCUGAAGACCCCGAUUUCCCUUCCAUUCAAGGUUUGGCUGAAUCUGGACUUAUCUCAAGUAAGCUCUCUAGACGUGAUAUGGAUCCUUCCUUGGAUGAGGACGAGGGUCCAUUCUACUUCUCUCCUGAAAGUCCUCUGUCACGUCAAGAUCUUGUAAGUUGGAAGAUGGCCCUAGAGAAAAGGCAUCUCCCAGAAGCUGACAGGAAGGUCCUCCAUCGAAUAUCAGGAUUCAUUGAUACUGACAAGAUACACCCAGAUGCAUGUCCUGCACUUGUUGCUGACCUAUCUGGGGAACAGGGUAUUGUUGCUCUUGCUUUUGGUUACACCAGACUUUUUCAGCCAAAUAAGCCAGUAACAAAAGCCCAGGCUGCUAUUGCUCUUGCAACUGGCGAGUAUGCUGAUGUUGUUAACGAGGAGCUUGCACGCAUUGAAGCAGAAACAAUGGCUGAAAAGGCUGUUGAUGCACAUAAUGCUUUAGUAGCCCAGGUUGAAAGGGAUGUGAAUGCAACUUUUGAGAAGGAUCUUUUUCUUGAGAGGGAAAAAAUUGAUGCUGUGGAGAAAAUGGCUGAAGAAGCAAAGCAAGAAUUGGAAAUGUUGAGGGCUGAGAGAGAGAAAGAUAAUAUUGCCCUCAUGAAGGACCGUGCUGCUGUUGAAUCAGAAAUGGAAGUUUUAGCAAGGUUGAGGCAUGAGGUGGAGAAGCAAUUAGAGAACCUAAUGAGUAACAAAGUAGAGAUAUCAUUUGAAAAGGAAAGAGUCACCAAACUUAGGAAAGAUGCAGAAAAUGAGAGCCAGGAGAUUGCUCGUUUACAGUAUGAUCUAGAGGUUGAACGGAAAGCCUUGUCCAUGGCCAGGGCGUGGGCUGAAGAUGAGGCUAAAAGAGCAAGAGAACAAGCGCAAUCACUAGAGGAGGCUAGAGAUCGCUGGGAGAGGCAUGGCAUCAAAGUAGUUGUUGACAAUGACCUUCGUGAAGAAGCAUUGGGAGAAGCUACGUGGGUUGAUGCUGGUAAGCAGUUCUCAGUUGAAGGGACUGUUAGCAGAGCCGAGAGUUUGAUGGACAGACUCAAGGCGAUGGCAAUGGAUAUAAAAGGAAGAAGCAAAGAUGUAAUUGUUAAAAUCAUUCAAAAGAUAGCCUUGCUUGUAUCAAAUUUGAAGGAAUGGGUUUUCAGAGCUGGAGAAAGGGCAGGAGACCUUAAAGACACAGCCAUCUCAAAGGUGAACAGAUCAGCACAAGAGUUGCAGCAUAACACAGUAGAAUACCGCUUGGUUGUCAAAGAAGGUGUUAAGCGCGUCGCAGAUGAUUGUAGGGAAGGAGUGGAGAAACUCACCCAAAGGUUCAAGACAUGAUAUCACUGUUUUGUCCUAAAAAUUUUGCGGCUGUGAUUCUCCCUUUGUUGUAUUAAUGGCAAUUAUAUGCCUGUACAAGUAUACCUUCAUACAUGUGAAGCAGAAGAGGAACAUAAAUAAUAACAUGCUUUAUAGAGCAGAUGAAGUAGAACAGCUUCAUCUGGCAAAGAAUUCAUCA